UCGCGCCUGCGCCCAACCUGGAUUAGCUGCCGCCGGCAGCUUCUGGAGCUCUUAGCCAAUGGGCAGUGACGUUUGCUUUUUUUUUUAAAAAACUCCUCUUCAUCCCCCCCUGUGACGAAGGCAGAGGCGGAGGGAAGCCUUAUAGCGGCUCGUUCCGUUUUCUAUCGUGGCAGGAAAAGCUGGAACCGGAGGCAAGGCAGAGUGGAAAGAGAGGUUGCAGCGGGGCAACCUGAAUGGCCGGGAGAGGUGGAGCAGUGCAUGAGCCUGUUACCAUGGUGGGUGAAGAUAAUAUCUCUGUAAGGAAUCGUCGAUCAACAUAUGGCACUGCAGAAGAGAAAGAUGACUUGUCUAGCAGACUUGAAGGAGACUGGUCAUUCUCAAAAUCAAACAAUGGUCAAGUUGAUGUUGACCAUUUGAUAACGAGAAAAAUGCAACUUUUAGCAGAGGCUGAGCAGUUGAAGCCAGCUUUCAUGCAGAGUGUUGACGGUCACUUUACCGAAUUUGUAAAUGGCUUGAUUGCAAAGUCUCUGCAGCUGGAGUCUUCAUCAUCCACCUUCCCAGUUGUGUGUUCAGAGAAACAUGGCGGCUUCAAAAGCAAAGGAUCGAGAGCACCUCCAGAACAUGGAAAAGUUUUUAUUGCUAGGAAGUCUCUCUUGGAUGAGCUAUUUGAAGUGGAACACAUCCGGACCAUCUAUCACAUGUUCAUUGCUCUCCUCAUCUUGCUCAUUCUCAGCACCCUUGUGAUAGAUUUUAUAGACGAAGGAAGGUUGGUACUAGAGUUCGACGUCCUUGUCUACUCUUUUGGCAAAUUUUCUAUCGUCGCAUCUUCUUGGCUUUACAUGUUCCUGGCCAGCUUGGUUGUGCCCUAUGGCCUCUUCCUCCAGUGGGCCCAGGGCUACCAUGGUUCCUCCCACAAAACAAUCCACUCCUCCUUCUUUGGGGCCCUCUUCGUGAUUUUCCAGAUAGUUGGGCUUGGACUGGUGCCAACUUACAUUGUAGUUGCCUACAGUUUACCGCCAGCCUCUAGUUUCAUAGUUAUACUUGAGCAGUUGCGUCUGAUGAUGAAAACCUACUCUUUCAUUAAGGAGAACGUUCCUCGAGUACUUGCCUUUACCCCACAGAAGACAAACUCUGUCCAAGUUCCUAAAGUUUCCCAGUACUUGUAUUUCCUGUUUGCUCCCACCCUUAUUUACAGAGAUUACUAUCCCAGAACCCCUACAAUAAGAUGGAGCUACGUAGCUACCAAGUUCGCACAGGUACUUGGGUCACUCUUCUAUAUUUACUAUAUCUUUUCACGACUCUGUAUACCCAUGUAUCGGAACUUUAGUCGGGAGCACUUCAGUGUACGAGGACUAGUCCUUUGCAUUUUCAACUCUAUCCUUCCAGGUGUAUUGAUGACGUUCUUGGUCUUCUUUUUAUUCCUUCACUGCUGGCUUAAUGCUUUUGCUGAGAUGCUGCGCUUUGCUGACAGAAUGUUCUACAAGGACUGGUGGAAUUCUACAUCUUAUUCAAACUAUUACCGAACCUGGAAUGUGGUAGUACAUGACUGGCUGUAUGACUAUGUAUACAGAGAUUCUCUUUGGCUCUUUGGGAAAAAAUUCAAAGCAGCUGCUAUGCUGUUAGUCUUCUCUCUCUCUGCUGUGGUACACGAAUAUGUCCUGAGUGUCUCCUUUGGUUACUUCUAUCCAGUCAUGUUCUGCCUCUUCAUGUGUUGUGGACUCCUUUUCAACUUCAUUCUCCAUGACCGUCGGAAAGGCCCCAUUUGGAAUGUGUUCAUGUGGACUUCACUCUUCCUUGGCCAGGGUGUCAUACUUUGCCUGUAUAGCCAGGAGUGGUAUGCCCGACAGAAUUGCCCUUUGAAAAAUCCCGCUUUCCUUGAUUAUGUGAAACCGCAUUCCUGGGUUUGCCACGUUAAGGUUUGACAUCCUCUGAGAUUUCUCUCCGGGUCAAGGCCAGAAGAUGUUCUUUUUUAAAAACAAUUAACUCGCGCUAAUGACUGUAAAUGACUUGAGCCAUUUUGAAGGGUAACUGUCUUAGUUAUGGCAUUUGAUCACUCAAGACAGCUAGGACUGCAGAAGGCUCAGCAGGUGAUUCUCAUUCUGUAAGCAGCGCCAACCUGAGCCAUUUCCAUGCUGGUCGUGAAUCCUACUGAACAGGCUGGUUAAGGGGUUUCAGCUGACGUUUUUUGCCUACUGCAACCAGUGCUUCCUGUGUUACUAAUAUUCUCUUAUUCUCCCAAAAUGGUAGGAUUGGGUCAUUGGGGUUAGUUUUGCCUGUCUGAAUGUAGCGUUCUUUCAGAAUCUCCUUUUGAAAUGGGACAAUUGCCCAACAUUUUUAUGCAUUCUUUUGUUGCUUCAACACAAUAUAUGAUAGAGCCAGGGGAUCUGCAAACACUGACUUGGCUUAGUAGCUAUGUUCUGUUUACUGCUCUUGUCCUCCCCUCAAGCACAUACAGAGGACCUGAGGGAGAGGCAGGAGUAUUUGCACUGGGAUGUGGAAAAGGUUACAGACAGUGGGAAAGAGAAUUGCAGUUUCUUACCUUUCCCAAACCCCACAACACAAGUGAGGAGGGCUUGAGUAAGGUGGUGUGUGUUACUGGUGCCUUUCUUGCUGCAGGGCCAAGGUCACUUGCUGCUUGUAAGUGGAUUUGCGGAUGCCUGGAUGGAGCAGCAGCAACACGCUUUACAUCCUCUGCCGUGGAAGUAGACAUAUAUAUGCGUAUGACUUUGAUUCGUCCAUAACUUUUAUUUUGCCACAACAGAUAUUUGUUGAAAUGUAAAUUGGCCCAGGAUAAAUGGAACUGGUUAACUUCUUACACUCAAUGCUGCUUUGAAGGAUAAUGCUCCUGCCUUUUUACGUAUUGUGAAAGGUAUGCCUAGCUUUUUGCUUUGCUUUUGAGCUUGGUUUUUCUCCUCUUUUGAUAAAGAAGUCAUAACUUUUAAUGGCUGAAAUGUACCUUCUAGGUAGGACGAUCCUUUGGACAUUUAAUCUCUUAACAUUAGCAGUGAGGAUUUCCCUGGCCAGGUUCACUUGCCUUUGGGCUUCUGAUCUGGUAAAGUAGGCAGCAUUAAAUUAAGUAUGACAAUUAAGUUGAAAAUUAAAUUGCAAGUUUGUUGCACUGUGAGUAGCUUGUGUUCUCUAUCCCAGAGAUGGCUAGCUUCUGCAAUCCUGUGGGCUGCACUACAAUCCAGACAGUGGCCUGUGAUCUGGAAGCCUUUUGGUACAACUAUGGGACCACUUUCUAUAACGAAAAUGGGUGUGAUCUGUUACUGAGGGUUGCAGUAUUCCCAUUUUAUUAAAACCCAUGUCUUCAGGAUUUCCUUCUCUAGCUGAGGACCAAACUAGACUUGAUAUUACUAACUGCAUGUUAUUUUAAAAGUAAGUAGUGGUUGUGUAGCCCCAGUCUGGAUUGGAUUUCUGGCAUAGGGACAGGUGACUUUAAUAAUAUGAUCCUGAUCUGGAUUGAGGGCGUCACACACUAUUUGCAUCGGGUGGAAAUCUCUCAUUGGCACCAGUUAUAAGCCCAUGCAUGUGCGCGUCCACACACACUUCAUACCUUGAUUAUUCAUUAGUUCUGUUAACCACCAGACAAUCUUUCUGUGGGCCAGAUGCAGUCCAUGAACUGCCAUUUAGCCAUCCCUGCUCUAUUCUGUCAGUAUAUCUUCAGUAUUAAAUUGUUAUAAACAGCAUGAUUGUUUCCCUAUGUUGCAUGCCCAAUCUAAAUUUUGGCAUUUCUCAUUGAUGUUUACUGUAGUGAUUUUGGAUUGAAGAACCAAGAAAAUGUGUUGAAAUGAUCUCACUGCUCCACUUAGAGUGUCAGUUUGCGCAGUAAAAUAGCCUUGGAAUACCACUGUGGGUGGAUGGUGUACUCACAACUGCAUAAGAAGUAACUACGUCAUUGUGAAAAACAGUAUACCCUGGUAGCAUGUAGAGCCAGUUUAGCUUGUAGGGUGCUCCCUCAGUGAAGCUCAGCCGUGUAGUCAGCCUGCAAGCCUUUAGUGUGCAGUUUUUCUCCUAGCCAUCCCAAAGCUCAUCUGGAACCCAUUCUGGAGUGUGGAGGGGAGGGGAGGAAGAGAGACUUGGAUAAGCAUGUGGGAGAUAUCUAUGUUUUCUGUAUACUUGAGCUGUUGACCCAUGCUUUGCCCUUGAUAUGGUACAUAGAAAGUGUAACGUAAUUCUAACUUAUACUGCAGGAAAGAUGUUUGCAUGGUAAGUGUGCUAAUUUGUAUCACUACAGUGAUGCGAUCCAAGUGCAUUUCAGCAAGCUGGGUGUGAGAGAGAGAGGAGCAGUUUGGGAAUAUUGAAAAGGAACCAAAACAACUGCUCUCUCAAGAGGAGAGAAGACCCAUUUUCUCCAUAGAAUUUCAGCACACUCUAAUCCAUUUUGUGUUUGUUGGAAGGCAGUCUUAAAUAAUGUUUUUGGCUUUCCAUUUAAAACUCAAAAGAGAAAGUUACAAAUCGGACCAUAAAAAUUACUCUUUCUAGCCCAUUUUGUUCAACUGAAUCUUUUCCCCAAAGGUUAAUCAUGGUUUUAAAAAAAUAGGCGAAUGUAACACCCAUUUUGAGCUGUAAUUUAUUGAUAAUUUUAUUGAUAACAAAAAAGGUAUUCUAUAGUAAGUGUUGUGUGUCUUUGAAGAGCACAGUUCUAAUUUUUCCUGCGUUGAAGUAGGAUCAAACUCCAGUAUGUGUGUGCAUACACGUACACACACACGAGUCAUGACAGGGAUCAGCACAUGCAAGCUUCAGGGCCAAAUCUGCCCUCCUGAAGAAUACCAGAGGCAAUAAAGUUGGGUGGCGGGAGUGGUAGCUGUGGUAAAUGACAGGACUUGGUAGCAGUCCAGUUUGCAGAAGGGGAAGAGUUGCUCAGGCCCUACAUCCCUUCAGAAGGGCCCCGCUGUCAAACAGCUUACUUACUCAUUAACUUGAAAGCUUUGGUUUCUUUGUGACAGUGCCGGAGAUUGUAGCAGUGAAAUGUUUUGCAAACUAUAUUGAAUGCCUACCAGAUAGGCAACUGGGUUCAGUGUGCCAAACACAGUUCAGACACAUCAGCUCUGUACCCUCCUCAAAUACCUAUCUAUAUCUUUCCUUUUUAAUAUUGUGCAGUAUGUCAAUGAUGUUAAUUGGACAAUAUGCGCAAUGUGAGUAAGCCAUUUGACAAAUUCAUGUGUUCCAAAUGAGUCCGAUAAGGUACCCAUUGUUUAACAAACACAUUGCUUGUAAAGGCAGUUCACUCGUCGCUGCAUUGUCUGUACAGAAGUGUGAGCCUUAACUCUAAAUACCCAUUAAUUAUGAACAGAGUAAGGCUUCUGCUUUUGAAACGCUACGAACUGUAUACAUGCAGCUUGUAGAAUUGCUAAAUCAGUAUUAACAUGGUGGACUAAUCCAUUCCAUAUGCUUUUUGCUUCUUUGUAAAAUAACUGUCUAUGAAGGUACAGUAUUUGUCUUCGUAAGAUAGUCUUGAAUCCAUCCAAAGAAUUUUCAUUACACUGUCCUCUUUCUGCUGCUUCUUUAAAGAGAACCACCUGAACCUGUCUUUAGAAUACAAUUUCAUAAUUUAUCAAAUCCUGUUUUUUGGGGGGAAAUACUCGUACCUUUUAAGUGUGGGAACAUCAUCAUGUGUUAUGCUUUGGGUUUGAAUUUAUUAAUGUAAGCUGUCUGGAAGGGUAUGGCAUAAUUGUAAAUCUCUGAAUGAUUUAUUCAAAUUAAUAUUACCUUUGUACCAGAGAUCUGCACAGCUCCAUCUGCUGCAAGGCAUCCUAUUAGCUUGAAAGGUGUUUGAUAAGGCUGUUGGACCUAUUCAGAAAACAAGGAGGCUGUAGUUUUCCUCUUGCUCAAACAGAAUGAGCAACAGAAACAUUUGCACAGAUGCUGGUGAGAAGAGGAAAUUAAGCUGCACUUGGCACUGGAACAGUAUCUACAAGCCUCAUUUCUCUUGCAUCUUGCAUGCAAGGUGGAGAACACGGUGGGUCAGGAAAGGUUGCUGGUUGUGGGGAAUAUAAUUGUUAACUGAUUCCACAAUGUACUGAACUGUCUGUUGUGACCUAUUCUGUGUCUUGGAAAGGUUUAUAUGAUCUAUACUGUACUACAGAAAUUUAAAUAUAUUUUGCUAUCUAUGAAA